UUAUUUUCUUCACAUCCUCUCUACCCGUCUCAUAUUCUACUCUUCAAACCCCCCUUUCUCAAUACUCUUUCACCCACAUUAUCCUUGUAUGUAGACAAGGAAAUAGGUAUCCCAAUUAUGUCGCGCCAACGUACGUCUACGUUCGGGAGGCGAGACCGGCCUGUAGCCGAGAAGGCGGGCUAUCAAGCACUGUCGCAGGAGUCAUCCAACACCACACUGGGAUUCUGCGACCGCCUACGGUCAAUAUGGAAGUCCUUAUUCCGGAGAAAGCAGAAAUCUCAGAAGUCUUCAACGGCAGGAAAGGGAAACGCCCCAUUUCAAGAGCCGUCAUAUUCUUACGGGAAUGAUACCGUGUCCACCAUUGGACAACGGAUAAUCCCAAAUCCCACCGGAAAUCAUGUGGAGUUCCACUACCAAGCCACGGCGGUAGUGGAUCAUGUUAAUACUGGUAGACGGCCAGAUGAGGAUGAACCUUCUCACCCGGCGUCAACCCCCUCAGUGAAUCUACAAUCUGAUAACCGGCGGCUAUCUUGGCUAGAGACCAACCCGUCUCGAACCAGUGGACGUGGUGAAUCUCUUCCAGUUGCUGAAACUGCACACCCACCAGUGGUUCCUAUAGAGAAUCAAGAUCCUAGAGAGGAUCCCGAUCAGACGAGCGAACGGGAAAAGACUCUACGCAUACUCGAGUCCAGGGAUAAGCCAUCAGGUAGUCGAUCUUGUUCCCCAGAUACAAUGCGAAGGCACAGGCGAUCCUACCAAUUGGCAACCGAUCCUCGUAUUGAUCUUCAACAAUAUAUUGAAUUUCAGCACUUCCUCGAACGAGAAAUUGCUACAGAUCUAGCCCUUCGUCUAGAUGUCUGGAGAAGCCUAACUCAAGAGUUGGGUAACCGAGCUGGACUUGUUAUACACCCAAAGACCGGAAUGAAAACGACAGGCUUAGGAACCGGCCGCCCUAAGAGUGGGCAAAUGCAGAGAGCAAGUCGAAACAGUUACCCUAACGCUAUGAACCUAGGACAUGAAACCUCAGUAAGGUAUUCCGACAUCAAUCUUACUCCAACGCGCCAAGAUAACAAAUGGAAAAGACGUAAUUGGGCAAGUUCUGGUCCAAAUGAGUCGAAGUCAUACAUGCCUCCCGGUGGAUAUCAGACAGGAAUCCCCCCAGCGACAGGAGACGCCAACCCAAGAAAAAGAAGCAGCACUGCGGCUCAUACGAUGCACGAACAAUCACCACAUCUCGAGGCCGACGAGGAAACCUCUUGGCAACGGAGAAACGAUGCCCGGAAGAGGCAAAGUUUACCCAACAACAUCGGAUCGUCAAGUCUAAAUGCUAGCGAUAGGCGUGCAUCCAUUUCAAGUUUCACUCAGUUCUUCGCACAAUACAUCAAGCCGGAUAUUCCCGUUACUACCCGUGGGGACUCCGAAGGCGAAACUAGUGAGACUAACCUGCAGAAUGAAGUCAAUAAUGAAUAGUUAGGCAUCUUGAUGUCUAGAUAGAUGUUACGCGGUGUUUUACGAUGACACAGACGUAUCUUUUGAAUUGACCUAUCAGUAAAAACACACAUUACCGCCGAAAUAAUCUCAAAAACGGCAUUUUGUCCUUUGGGAACAUACCUAUCUCUCGAACACAACGUUAAUAUGUCGAGUUUGCUUCGAAUCCGCUAAUGUUCGCGACCCGGUGGCUUACCUGGACCCCCAAUCCAAAACGCUAUGUUGGGCGGCUGUUGGCUUACCGGAUGCGAUCACCGUGCAGCU